AUGCUAAGUUGCCCUUUGCCUGCAAAUGUCCUUGACUUCCUCACAUACGGCUUCCUGACCUGGGAGUGGGCCCAGGGCCUACGCAGCGCUCUCUACCCGCUCUUCUUUGCCGGCAUCUACAAGGGGCUGGAGCUCGUCGGGAAGGACAGCGUCCACCUCCUGAUCUGGCUCCCUCGUGUCGCCCAGGCUCUGCUGGCGGCGGUGGCCGACGUGAGGCUGUACUCCUUUGCGAAGCGGCUGGACGGCCCUGAAGUGGCCCAGUGGGUGGUCUUCUGCCAGCUCUGCUCCUGGUUCACCUGGUACUGCUGCACCCGGACGCUGACCAACGCCACGGAGGCUGCCCUCUGCACCAUCGCGCUCUCCUUCUAUCCCAUGCCGGGCACCAAAGCGGGGAGCAGCAGCGUCCGGUACUUGAUCCUGGCAGCUGUGGCUUUCAUCAUCCGCCCGACAGCGGCCAUCUUUUGGGCCCCACUGCUGUUUUGGCACUUCUGGACCGAGACCUCGGAGCGGCGCCUCCGCGUCCUCCUUCUCCGCUGCCUCUCCGCAGGCCUGGUCACUCUGGGCAGCUCUUUGGUCCUUGACCGGAUGUUCUACGGCAAGUGGGUCGUGGUCCAGCUGAACUUCCUGCGGUUCAACGUGCUCCAGGGUGCGGCCUCCUUCUACGGCUCCCACCCGUGGCACUGGUACGCCACACAGGGCUUGCCGGCCAUCUUGGGGCCCCACCUGCCCCUCUUCCUCCUGGGAUGCCUCCGGACCCCGAGGAGGGGCCCCCACCGCCUGCUCCUGGCCCUCAUCCUCUGGACGGUGGCCGCUUACAGCGCUUUGAGCCACAAGGAGUUCCGCUUCCUCCUCCCGGUGCUGCCCCUCUGCAUGCUCUUCUGUGGGCAUGCGCUGCACGGGCUGCGAAAGGGGAGGAGGAAGGUGGCCGCCGGCGCCCUGCUGGCCUCCAAUGCACUGCUGGGUCUCUACCUGGGGCUGGUGCACCAGCGGGGGACCCUGGACCUCAUGGCCCACCUGCGGGGCCUCUGCCCUUCUUCCUCCUCGGCUGAGCAGCGGGAUCCACCCUCCGUCUUGAUGCUGAUGCCCUGCCACUCCACCCCCUUCUACAGCCACAUUCACUGCCCGCUGCAGAUGCGCUUCCUGCAAUGCCCCCCGGACCUGGACGGAAGGGCCGACUACCAGGACGAGGCGGACGCCUUCUAUGCUGCCCCCCUCCAAUGGCUCCAGGCAGAAUUUGCAGGAAACUCCUCCUCUGCAACACCCCCGUCACACCUGGCUCUCUUCAGGGGCCUCCAGAAGGAGAUCGACCCCUUCCUCCGCGCGCACGGCUACGAGCGGCGCACCUCUUUCUUCCACACGCAUCUGCCGCAAGGGCGGGUCGGGAGCCACGUCGAGCUCUACGAGCGGGACACGGAACGGAGCUGAAACGCAGCCGGAGGAGCCCGUUUGCUUCGGGGAGAAGGAGGAGGCCGCCUUUCCUGCGACUGGAUCGCGAGACUCUCUGCAAACUCUCUGCAAACUUGUAUAAAGGAAAAGACUCUGCUUUG